GAUUUGGGGAAUCUCUAGCGAUUUUUUUGCUAAGUGUAGAUGAAGGCCAAAUGGAAAUGGUGCACCUAAAGCAGGGUAGCUGCUUUAUCACACCGUGCCAUGAUGGCCAGCUCAGGGCAACAUCUGUGAACUGUCACUAGAAAUAAUAAGCUUCCCACUAGAAAGCCCCCAGUUUCUUCACUUUUCUCCAUUUGUAGAGGCCAAUCUUUCUUUGAUAUUAAAGGCAGAGGCAUGGGCUGAAGCUCCCUUACUCUGUGGAAGUUCUGUGCUAUGCAGUACGGGUUGUGGUGCUACCAUCCAGUGCCGCUGUAGUGUGUGCCAUGCAGUGUGUGCCGUGCAGCUCUGCUGCCCAAAGGAGCGUGUUCCCAAGUGCUGGGGAAGCUGCAGGAUCCCCCUCCAGACCCCUCUGCAUUAGCUUGCAGAGCGCUUUCGGGCAUUUUGAUUGUGUCUUAUUUAACCCCCUAGAGGAUGAUUACGAAAGUGAAGCUUGUAAAAUGAGCGGCAGUGAGGCAGGGCUGAGCCCCAGGACACGUGUGUUCCUAGCUGAACCUUUCAGCAGGUUCAAAAUGUUCCCUGCCCCUGAAACCCACUUGAUCUGUUUCCUCUGAGCACAUCCAGUCUAUUUCAAGCCAAGUAAACAUGAACUUUAGCAAUUCAGGGAGGAAAGGAAAGACAAAAUUGUUCCUGGCUCUGUGUUACAGGCAUUCAGCUUCAGCUGAGCUUCAGCUAACCUUUCACAGGUGUGCAGUGAAGGUUUCUCUUAGCAGCCUUUAGCACGAUCAUAAAGCGUGCAGAGCUCCAUUUGUGUUCUGCUGCAUUGCAGAGCUGUGCUGGGAAAGCUCACGGAUCCCACCGUGCUCUGUGCGACGUCCCAUAAGGGACAUGCAUGCCUGCAUUUUUAAGAUGCUCCUUGUCAAGGUGCUGCCUCGGGGCUUAUUUGUCUCACGCUCUGUGGAUAGCACGGCGAGGGGACACGCAGCCCGAUGCAGAAAAGCAGCCACGUCUUUUUCAAAUGAGGUGGGAAAAUCGCGCUCAAUGCUUCCUACUGCUCUUGGUUUGGAAAACAGCCAGGCUCAAAAGAAGAAAGGAAGCACCGAGACAAUUCUGCCUUUGUACUGCGUUUGAUAGAUAAUCUCGAAAGCGGCCGCGAAUGAAAAGCAGCUGGAAACGGGGAGGACGAGGGGUUUCCUCCCGCAGGGGCGGCUGUGGCUCAGGGUUUGCCCUCCCCAGCCGGGCGCUGCUCUGCGAGGGCGCCAGGCGCAAAUCGAGAAGGGCUUUUUCGCCUCGUGCUCAUUCUGUGACCGUUCCAGGUUCGGUUCAGAGCGCGGUGGCACAGGGGACGUCCCGGCCCCGCAGCCCCCCCGCUGCCUCCGUCCCUCCCUUCCUGUGGGAGGCGCCCGGCGCCGCUAGAAAAGGACCAGUAGCCGCGGAGACACCGGAGUGGAGCGCCGCUGGGAGCCGGCAGGUAGAUUUGCCUUCUCGGCUCUUCUCCUUUGCGGACCUCCCGUCUGGGUGCAGCGAUGUGGUUCUUGGACAAGAUCAGACCGCCGCAGGGCAGCAGGAACCUCCCGUGUGCCUCCUUCCUGGGCUUGCCACCCGGCCAACAUCUGCUGGAAAAAGCCCGCCUGGGGGCUGCUGCUUUCCCCAACGUGCUCACCCCGGACAGAAUCCCGGAGUUCUGCAUCCCCCCCCGGCUGAGCACCGCUGCUCCUGCUCAGGGUCCUGGCUCCCGCCAGCACCACGGUUCAGAGGAUGCACGUCUCAGUUCCUCUGACCACAGCUCCGGUUAUUCUUUGCCGCACUUCAUCCAGGUGGAAAGUGCUGAAGAGUUCCCAGCGCUGGAGGAAGAAGGCACCAACUCAGACCCGCAGUCCCAGGCCGCGCUCUCCCUGCCUCACUUCCCCAGAGCUCCCACUUCCUACGGCUUCUGCACCUUGCUGGAGAGUCCCCACACCAGGAGAAAGGAAUCGAUCUUCCACGGUGACACGUGCGGGGCUCUGCCCAGCCUGACGCUGCCUCGAUCCAGAGCUAACACGUUCGGUGGCAAAGGGAACACGUCCAAUCCCAUUGCUAUCAGCUUCACUUCGGUAAGGCUGCCUCCCAGGCACCUGCACAGGCAGGGUGCUUGUGACAGUGACACUGCCUCCUCCAGCGACUCCUCUCCUUUCAGCUCCCCGCUUCUCAGCAGAUCGCCUCCCAGAUCUUGCUCCUUGAUCAAGGCACGAAGUCAGGAAGGAUUGCUCUGCCGAGCACUGAAGGCCAAGAACAAAUCUGGCAUGUCCAGGAAUAAUUCUCUGUCUACAGAAGAGAGCAGCUCCACUGAUAACAGCCCCAGUGCCAUCAGGCGGGCCUCGGAGGGGCUGCUCGCUGCACGGAGCUGCAGUGUGUCUUGUUCUCCCCUCUUUCCCCUGGACUUUGCCCAAGGCCGGCAGAGACUGGUGGGAGAGAGCACCGUAGUCAUGGACAAGGGGGGCAUGUUGAGACUGUCAGCUGAAUACUGCUCAGAAAAUGAAAGGCUGAGGAUCCGUCUGAUCAGUGCAGAGGGUUUAUAUGAUGACUCUGUAGAGCCCAAAAACAUAAACUGCUGCAUUACCCUCUCCCUGGUGCCAGGGAAAACACAGAAACAGAGAAGCACUGUUAUAAAGAGAAGCAGGAAUCCCAUCUUCAACGAGGACUUCUUUUUUGAUGGCAUUGCAGAAGAAGAACUGCUCAGCCACUCUGUGAGGAUGAAAGCAACAAACAAAGGGUGCAGCAUGAAACGGGACUACACCUUAGGAGAACAGGAAUUGUCUUUAAUGAAAUACUUGAAAACACUGUGUCAUUUGGUAUUGUUUUCAUGCCAGUGUGCCUUAACGCUUUGAGCUCCGUAAGGCAUUUGU